AUGUUUCAGACCAAAUGCAUCCUGUUGCCUGCUGUUUGUCUGCUCUUGGCCAGCGCCUGUGCCCAGAAGUUGCGCAUUAAGCAGCUGCACACGCUGCACAAGUGGAGCAAUCUCAGCUUUGGUGUUUUGGGCCAGAGCCAGGCGAGCAACAGCCAAUUUCUGCCCGUGGACAUAGACAUUGAGUAUGGUGAUGAGGGACGUCACCGGACAUUUCUAACCAUACCCCGGUUGAGCACUGGCACACCCUACACACUGGCCACAGUGGCGGCGGCUGAUAAUGGGCUGCUGGAGAAUCCACGCCUGGAAGCCUAUCCCAGCAUGGCCUGGCAUCUGCCAGCCAACAACUGCUCCGGCAUUACAUCUGCCAUCAGAACCCAUAUUGAUGAGUGCUGGCGUCUUUGGGUGGUGGAUUCGGGUCAAGUCAACUCCAUGCAGCUGUGCGCGCCACAAAUUUUGAUAUUCGACCUGGUCAAGGAUGAGCUGGUGCAGCGGUCCGCGCUGCCCCCACACAUGUACACGCCCAGCAUAUCGAUUUUUACGGCCAUGGUCGUGGAUCUCUUGGAGAGCAGUGCGCCCAGCAAAUGCUUGGGCGGCAUGGCCUACAUUGCGGAUGCUUGGGGCUAUGGCUUAAUUGUGUUUGAUGCGCUCACCGGCAAAUCCUGGCGCAUCGAGCAUGAGUCCAUGCAGCCGUCGUUGGGCGUGCGUCGCUUUGGCAGCGCCCAUGCUGGCAUAUUUACUGUCAGCCUGAGUCCCAGUCUGGCAGCAGAGCGCUUUUUGUACUUCCAUACGCUGAAUAGCUUUUUUGAGAUUGCAAUUCCACUUCACCUGGUCAACAAUGCGAGCAUCUGGCGGCAGGGCUCAAGCGAGGCGGUCAGCAAACACUUUCGUAUUCUGGGUACGCGUGGCACCCAGUGCGAAUCGGAGGUCAUGGACAGCGGCGGCAAUCUCUACUGUAGUCUCAUCAGCCUGGGCGCUUUAAUAAGUUGGAGCGAGCAUUCCAAUUACACUGCAGAUGCUAUACGCGCCGUUGCCUACAAUCCGCAACAGCUGAAAUUUGUUACUGGCCUCAAGAUCAAUCGAAACUCAAAGGGAGAGAAUGAGCUUUGGGCGCUGAGCAGUGAACCGAAUCUCUUCGUGGGCGGCACCUUGAAAGCGAAUGAGAUUAAAUUUCAAAUAAUUGGCUGUCGCACAGCUGACUUGUUAGCCAAUACGCCGUGCACAGUGCAUGCCAUGCAAUUAUAA